AUGACAUCGUCUAUUAGUAUGGAAUAUCUCAAGUUUGCUCCUGUGAACUCAUUUGUAGACUCUUCGUUCUUCACGAAGCUUUCCGAGCUCAAGCUUGAUACAUUUAAGCUUGAUUCCACAAGCACCAAGAUACAUGCAUACUUCACCCAUCCCAACAGCUUGAAUAAAUUCAACGAUAAGCCUACUAUCAACUUGGACUAUGGGUCGUUUGAUCAAGAGGCUGAGAACUACGAUAAAAGUAAUAUUUUACUAGAGGGGAACUUGCACAGUGUGAACACAAUUGAAGAAUUCAAGUCGGUAGACAAGCAGACCUUCUUGAAGGAAGCAGGGUUGGCUAUAUUUGAUUCGAUCAAGAAUGAAAAGACUAUACCUGAUUUGAAUGCUAUUAACCCCUUUUCUCUCUUGACGUUCUAUGACUUGAAGAAGUAUAAAUUUUACUAUUGGUUUGCUUAUCCAGCGCUAAGCUCGACUUGGUAUAUUGUAAAUAGGGAACUGGAGGAUCUCGAUGUAGAAGGUCUUAAACACCUAGUCAGCAACGAGGACAACAAGCUCUUUUUCCAAUUCAAAGAUGGCGAAAAGCAUUUUGAGCUUGGAGACGUUGACCUGCUGCCUGAAUUCGUCUAUGUAGAUACAAGUUUGAAUGAGUUGCCUUCCGUUCAAUUAAAGAACUAUUUAUAUUUCCUAGCAUUGAGGGGCUUUCUGUACAUUUAUUUGACUGUUUUCAGGCCCAACUCGAAAUCCUACAGGUUGAAACUCAAAUUGAAAGAUACUGUAAACAUUGAUGCUGUUCCUAAGGUUCUUGGUUGGGAAAGAACCACUGAUGGUAAGCUUGGGCCGAAACUUGCAGACUUAGGCGCCUUGAUCAACCCAAAGCAAUUGGCAGAUCAGGCGGUGGAUUUGAACAUCAAAUUAAUGAAAUGGAGAAUAGCGCCUGAUCUUGACAAUGAAAUUAUCAAGAAGCAAAAGGUUUUACUUCUUGGAGCCGGUACUUUAGGAAGUUACGUUGCCAGAGCAUUGAUGGGAUGGGGUGUUCGGAAAAUCACGUUUGUUGACAGUGGUCGAGUUUCUUACUCAAACCCUGUAAGGCAACCCUUGUUCCUGUUUAAAGAUUGCUUCAGUGAUGAAGGCAGAGGUGAGUGGAAGGCCACCAGAGCUGCAGAGUCCUUGAGAGAAAUAUUUCCAGGAGUUGAUUCUCUGGGGUAUAACAUGGAAGUUCCAAUGAUCGGACAUCACUCAGGGGGAAAGUUACCGUCUACGGUUCAAGCUAACUUCGACAAAUUAUCAGAACUUUUCGAUGAGCACGAUGCUAUAUUCUUAUUGAUGGAUUCAAGAGAAGCAAGAUGGCUACCAACAGUACUUGGAGUGGCUAAAGAUAAGAUUGUCAUAAAUGCUGCCAUAGGAUUUGAUAGCUACCUAGUUAUGAGGCAUGGUGUUUACAAUGAGAACGGAGAGGACUAUAAUGGUAGAUUGGGGUGCUAUUACUGUAAUGACUUAGUUGCACCGGACGACAGCUUUCAUGAUAGAACAUUAGAUCAGAUGUGUACUGUAACUAGACCAGGUGUGGCACUCAUGGCAUCCUCACUCGCGGUGGAGUUGCUUGUUUCUAUACUUCAGAACCCACAGGGCAAGCAUGCUGGUGUGGUUACUGACUCUUCAACGGUGCUAGGUGAAGUGCCACAUCAAAUUCGAGGGUAUUUGCAUUCGUUCCAGCAAACAAAGUUGAGCUCAAACAGCUUUAAGAAUUGCUCUGCAUGCUCUCAUCCUGUUGUAGAUAAUUUCAAGACCGAAGGGUGGGAAUUUAUCAGCGCUUGCCUCGCAGAACCCGGAUUUUUAGAGUCAGUUUCAGGGUUAACAGAUCUUCAAAAGGAGGCCGAGCAAGGGUUGGAGAAGUUGAUGGAAAAUCCGGACGAUUUUGACGAAGAGGAUGAAGAGUGGUUGAGUUGA